AUGGAUGGUUACAUAUUUACUGAUGUUCAGUGUUUGAAUUCUUACAAUAUUCUUGCUCCAAACUUAUGGAGAAGAUAUUUCAGAAUGUUUGAGCUUGAUGAAAUCAUGCGACAAAGAGAGAGCAAAGAGUUUGCUGAGAUCUUAAAUAGAUUAAGAGAAGGUAAACAUGCUUCCAGUGACAUCCAAAAACUGAAGGAGAGAUGUGUUGAAGAACUUAAUUGUCCUAGAGAAGCUCCACGUUUGUUUAUUCAAAAUGCUCUAGUUGAUAGCUACAACGAAAAAGUGUGUGAAUCAUUUAGUGGUGAUAAAUAUGUGAUUAAAGCGCAAGAUAGUGUGAUUGGAGCAUGUUCUGCUGAGCUCAAAAGAAAGAUAAUGAUGCAAAUACCUUAUGUUCCUUUAAGAAAUUCCAAGCAGUUAGCUCAUAAAUUAAAGCUUGCUGUCGGGCUACGAACGGAAAUUGCAACAAAUGUGCGAACUGACGAUGGCCUUACAAAUGGUGCAAGUAACGUGGUAAAAUUAAUACAGUUGACUGAUGAUAACAAACCAUCUGGUCUUGUUUGGGUUCAGUUUGACUGCAAAGAUGUUGGCAAGAAGGCCCGACACGAAAACAGAAAUCUCUAUAUUAGAGGCAUUCAAGCUACAUGGACACCUAUUAAACCUGUUACAACACAAUUUACAGUGGGCAGAAGUAAAUCAGCUCAAGUUGUAAGAAAACAAUUUCCUUUGCGACCGGCAUCAGCCAAAACUGUACACAGAUCACAAGGCGAUACGCAAUCACAAAUAGUGGUAAAUCUAAAUACUAACAGGGCUAUUCCCCAUCUACAUUAUGUCGCGUUAAGUCGUGUUACCACAAUUGAAGGAUUACAUAUCACCGACCUUUGUGAGAAUAAGAUAUCUGCUGAUCAAAGAGUUGUUCAAGAAAUGGAACUGCUAAGAAUGGAACGUAGAUUGAAACUUUGUUUCACUCCAUUGUAUAUGUUGGAUCACUCCCAUUUGAAAUCUGUUACCUCAAUGCACGUUCUCUCCACAAGCACAUCGAAGAUGUUCGAAAAGACAUUAACUACUCAUCUACAGACAUCUUAAUAUUUACUGAAACACGGUUUAGCCCUUUAGACCCUGAUGAAAUGUACAAUGUUAAUGGUUACAGACUAUUUCAAAAUGAUAGUUCACACUAUUCUGGUCCAUGCCCAUAUGGUGGAACAGCUGUAUAUAGUCAAAUGCCUUUAAGAGAAGGAUAUCCCUUUGCACACAACAUAGAUGGAAUUGAGUUUACAAUUAUUAAAACUGAACGACAUCCAGAUUUGACUGUGAUCGCACUAUAUCGCUCUCCCCAGAUUGCUACAUCACGCCUAAUUUCUGCUCUUCGUAAUAUUCUUGAUCGAAACUCCUCUUCACAAAAUGUAAUUAUUGGAGAUUUCAAUGUAAACUGGGCAGUGGAAUCUGGCCGACAAUCGCUUUAUAAUCUAAUGAUUAGAGAAAACAACUACCGACAAUUGAUAUCCGGAUUUACGACAGAUAACCGAACAGUAAUCGACCAUUUAUAUACAAACAUAAUUGAGGAAGAAAUUCAUGCAGGUAUUCUCGAGACCUACUUCAGUGAUCACAAAGCAAUAUGGGCUUCUCUUACGCAGUAAUGGCAGUUAUAGUUUGCAUCUCUAAUCUAAGGUCGACAUCGUAAAAAAGAUAUAGCUUUAUUUCUGCUUUUAGCUCAUCAAUUUUUAUUGUGUGAUACAAUUUAAAACAAAAAUAUUCAUUGUGUUUUCUCACCAGACCACCAACAUAGUUCUCAAGCCUCCAGCACUCACAGGGCUUGCAACAUGUACGCACGGCGUACCUAUUUUUCUUUGUGUUUUCUUCAUGAAUUAUUAAUGUUUAUUAAUAUUAAUUUUAAACCAUUAGUAAGUUAAUGAAAUCAUUAAAGGUUUUAGUUGAAAAUUGAUAGCAACUCUUGCCAGCUAGAAUACUUCCACAUGCCCUAGUAGUUUCGGACGUAGUUUCUAAGGAUCCACCAGAUGUAUUUCAUAAGGAUCCACCAGAGGUAGUUUGUAAGGAACCACCAGACAUUUGCAAGGAUCCACCACAUGUAGCUUGUAAGGAACCACCAGACCUUUGCAAGGAUCCACCAUACGUUUGUAAUGAACCACCAGAUGUUUGUAAUGAACCACCACAUGUAGCUUGUAAGGAACCACCAGACGUUUGCAAGGAUCCACCGUACGUUUGUAAUGAACCACCAGAUGUUUAUAAUUAA